AUGGGAUCGUUAGAAGCCGAGCACAGGCACAGAGAGCACCUCCCCGUCCUGGGAUUUCUUGGGAAAGACGGACCAAAUUACAGCGCGAAACAUCCUUCCGCCGCCAUGGGCCCGACAUCUUCCCCGACACCACUUUUGAGUCCAACAUCCAUGUACCCGUCGCAAUCCCUACCCUAUUCUUUCUCCACAUCCGCCAGCACAAGCUCAUUGCAAGGUGGAUACAUAUCACCGCCAGAUUCGCGGCGCGCAUUCGAGGAGGAGAAGGAAAAGCCGCCGCAGAGACAAUCGCUUCCGUCGAUCCAUGAAGCCUUGGGAAACGAUAAUCCAUUGCCCUAUCCUGCGCCCACAUCGGCUCCCCCACAACAGGCUCACCAUGCACCCCACCCUCCCCCCUUGUCGUCUAGCGUUGCUGGGCGACCGGGCACAGAGGGGCCUCCUGGACCACCUAACCCGUUCUCAAACGGCGCCUCGUCGGGCACCUUCAUGCGCGAGUCAACGUUCCCCCACCAACCUCAGUUGCAAGCGGAGGCGUCGCGGUCGAGUUUGGCCUCAAUCAACACCCAGGACUCCAGAACCACAUCUCUACAUUCGCUAAGCUCGGGAAAGUCUCCUACGCAGAGUGCGAAGACUGGUCUUACUUCGAUAUCCGGGUCCCAGACUGGUUCUGGCUAUGAGUACAGUGCGCCUCCUUCUGCCGGCAGUGUGGCUUCUCCCAACGGAUAUGGCACAUUCUCGCAGUCCUUCCAGUUUCAGUCGCAACCUCCUCCGAACGCGCCGUCAUACCCAUCCACUCCUUAUGAUGCUCGACCUUAUGGUGGAACAGGCUGGAAACCAGGAAUGCCUGAUACCGGUCGUGCUGAGGAAAUGAAGGGGGUGAUUUCAGCUCGUCCUCCGUUGACUGGACAUCAUUACGGUGAACCCGUCAAGCGUCAUUUAGACAUUUAUGACGUGGAGACCUCACUGAAUGAAGUAGCUGACAUUAGCACUCGAACUUUGGACUUUUCGCGUCACUAUGCAACAAGGGCGCAUCAAACACAGCGCUCUGGUCCAGUAUCGGGGUCGUUGCCACUUCCGCACGAGAUUGAGGAGAUGCUCAAUCUAGCGCGCCGCAAUCAAGAAGCUUUGCUUCGCAUACGAACUGCAGUGCUGAACGAGCAUGCUUUGGCUGAGCAAAUGGCGCAAAGGAAAGUUUUCAAACCCAGUGGUGUGCACGGUGAGGAUCACGUGGCAAUGUAUCAAGAAGAUUUCAAGGCCAAUGGUGGAUUUGCGGGACCUGAUUCGAAAAAAAGACGAGGGAAAGCUGCUCCCCCCGGGCGUUGUCAUAGCUGUAACCGAGCCGAAACACCCGAAUGGCGCCGUGGUCCGGACGGAGCGCGAACCCUGUGCAAUGCUUGCGGGUUGCACUACGCCAAACUGACGCGCAAGAUGGGCGCUAAUAAAGCUGCGUCCAUGGGCUCAAAUCUGAGGCCCAAGACUGCACUCGACACCUCGUCACCAAACAGUCAUUAA